AUGGAUUUUGAAGUUGAGAAGUUCAAGUUCUCCGAUCUUGCAGCUUUCCAUUGGGGAAUUGCAUCAUCAAGUCUCUCUUAUAGCUUUCAGAUUAAAGCCACAGCUCCUCGUCGCCACGCAAACACCAAAGAGAAGACACCUGUUUCUUCUUCGGUUCCAACAUCUCUUCAUCAAACUCAAUCUACCGGCGGCAUCAGUGAAUCAAGCUUUGUUCUCCGGUCUUGCACAUCUGCUGUUCCUUGUGUGACCGAAGAUUCACCCACGAUUCAUGCUGCUGUUUACGUCGUUCACGUUGAUCAAACCUAUCUGGCUCACAUUACCAUAUUUCCAGAUGGUCGUGACGAUAGAUCGAUUAGUGCACAAGCCACUGCGGCCCGUUUACCAUCAUACCUUCGAUCUGUUCUUGGUUUUUGGACGACCAGGACAAACAAUUUCAUGGGAACGUGGUACACUGCUUUCGAAAACCUUUUCAGAGUACACAGGAAGAAGUGA